AUGGCUUCAGACAACAGCACCUCCAAUGUUGUCCUCACCCCCAACUCCAACACUAGUUCCUCUCCUUCUCUCAUCACCAUCAACGCUGCUGCACAGCUUCCUCUCAAACUCACCCCUCUCAACUAUCCCUCCUGGCGUGCUCAGUUCAAAGCCCUUCUCCUUGGGUAUGACCUCCUUGGCUAUGUGGAUGGCACUCUCGCUUGUCCUGCCAGCAACAACACCCUUUGGAAACGCCAAGAUCAACUCCUUCUCCACGCUAUUCUUGCCUCUGUCUCUGAAUCUGUCAUCUCCCUCAUUGCUGCUGCCUCAACCUCUAAAGACGCUUGGGACAAACUCACCAAGCUGUAUGCGAACCGUACACGUUCUCGAGUCAUGAGCCUCAAGGAACGUCUCACCCUUGCUCGUCGUGAUUCCAAGCCCGUGAUGGAAUUUCUUCAAUCCAUCAAAGCCCUUGCUGACGAACUUGCCCUCAUUGACUCUCCUAUAUCCGACGACGAUCUCGUGAUCCAUAUCCUCAAUGGUCUCGGCUCUGACUUCAAAGAGAUCGCUGCUGCUAUUCGUGCUCGUGAAACACCUAUCACCUUUGAAGAGUUGCAUGAUAAACUCGUUGACUUCGAGAGUGCACUCAAGCGCCAUGACACUCCUCCUGAACCUCUUGUUGUCACUGCCAAUAAUACCCAGCGAACCAACUCCAACCGUUCCUUCCACAAGGGUUCUACCACAUCCCAUGCCUACAGGCCACCUUCUCAGCAACGUGGUAUUCUUGGCCCCGGCAACUCUUCUCCACACACUUCCCGUCCGUUCUCCGGCCAGCGUCGCUCCUUCAAUCAACCAGGCCACGGCUACAAAGGUUUCUGUCAAUUGUGUGAUCAGCAAGGUCUCUUACAUCCAGAGGGAGGUUAA